AUGGCAUCAGCCUAUGCCGCUUUCUCCAAAGGCGGCUACUCUCAGCAAACUGCUCCCCCAACAUCCUCUCCCACCGUCACAGCUCUCAACAGAUGGAGCAUCUUGACCAAUACACAACUCCCAGCCGUCGACACAAUCAAGGCGUUACACGUCUAUGAUUUUGACAACACCCUCUUCAAAACCCCCCUUCCGAACCCCGCCCUCUGGGUUGGCACCACAAUCGGCACCCUCAGUAGCCAGGACACCCUGAUCAACGGCGGCUGGUGGCAUGACUCUCGUAUCCUCGCUGCCACGGGCGAGGGCGCCGACGCCGAGGAGAAGCGCGCGUGGGACGGCUGGUGGAACGAGAAGAUUGUCGAGCUCAUCACCCUGAGCACCAAGCAAAAGGACGCAUUGUGCGUCCUGCUCACCGGCCGCUCCGAGCGCGGCUUCUCCGACCUCAUCAAGCGCAUGAUCAAGAGCAAGGGCCUCGAGUUCGACAUGAUCGGCCUCAAGCCCGCCGUCAGCCCCACGAACCAGCACUUCAAGAGCACCAUGCAUUUCAAGCAGCUAUUCCUCGAGGCCAUGAUGGAGACGUACAAGAACGCUGAGGAGAUUCGCAUCUACGAGGACCGACCCAAGCACGUCAAGGGCUUCCGCGACUUCAUGGCCGACUACAACCGCCGCCAGAAUGGUCCCACGCCGCACCUGCGCACCCGCGGCCCCAUCAACGCCGAGGUCGUCCAGGUCGCCGACAUGACGACGACCCUUGACCCCGUCGCUGAGGUCGCUGAGGUUCAGCACAUGAUCAACCUGCACAACGAAGCCGUCUCCAAGCCUCAGCAGCAAGCACAACCGCCGCACAUGCGUCCCAAGCGCCUCGUCAUCAAAAAGACCGUCUUCUUCACCGGCUACAUGCUCGACAAGCAGGACACGACCGAGCUCAUCAAGAUAGCCAAGGCCCAGAUCCCCGCCGGCAUGCCUGACCACGAGCUCAAGUUCCACGCCAACAACAUUCUCAUCUGUCCCCGUCCCUGCCCGGCCUCCAUCCUCGAUAAGGUCGGCGGCAUGGGCGCCAAGAUGAAAUGGGAAGUCACCGGCACCGCCUGCUACGAGAACUCCAUCUGGGCCGCCUGCCUGCGCCCGCUGCCCCCCAAUGCAAAGUUCCACACCGACAACCCGUCGCCGUUGGUCGUUCUCGCUCUGCGCAAGGGCGCACGCCCUGUCGACGCCGGCAAGAUCCAGAACUGGCAACCCGUCUCCGCCGACCGCGCUCUCAGCUUUGAGACGACGGUAGGCGAGAAGGUCAUUCUGCGCAUCGAGGCCGAGGACCCUCGCGAGGACGAGUACGAGUCGCUGUUCGCCAACAAGGGCGCCAAGAGGAAGCACGCCGGCGACGAGGUCGGCGCACAACACAACCACGGUGGACAGGGCGGACAGAACCACCGUGGCGGCCGCAACGAGCGGCGCGACUUCCACUCAGGCGGACGCGGCGGGCGAGGAGGCAACAACAACAAUAACAAUAACUUCCGCGGCGGCGGGCGCGGCGGACGUAACGGCGGCCAGCGAGGCAACGGCAAGGGCGGUCGUGGGGGACGCGGCGGCGGCGGCGGACACGGUUACCGUAGUUUGGAUGACGUGGAGCCUCGCAAUCAGCAGGGCGGGUAUGGAACGACGGUGGAGUACGACGAGCCAACUACCAGUCCCGGCUUCCAGCAGGGUCGGGCGGGAGGCGCGGCCUACAGUGGCGGCAACAAUGCGGACUUGCAGAACUACUAUUAG